UCUCAGUGCAUAACAUGGAAGAAGCUAUUAAGCCUGCUAACUUCCAGAGAGUUGUGCAAGCAGUAAAGAAAGUUUCAGGUUUUGAUGAAGAGACACUGUCAUACAAAACUCCAAGCCUUGCGCUGAAACUGGGACAUACACUGCAUAAAAUGUCUGACAUUAUCCAUUGUCGUGCCCUCAUGACAGAGGAUGAAGCCCUAAUCAAGUCCACUGAUGCGUUCAAGAAGUUGUAUGUCUCCAAAUGGUCCGAGAUGGUGUCUCACCGUGCCUUGAACACAUUGAGUGAGGCAAAGUUUAACAAACCAUCAACAUUGCCCUUUACAGAAGAUGUUCGGAUUCUCCAUCACUACCUUCAAAAAUCUGCAGAAAGUGCCUUUUGCAGCUUGGAGAACGAAGCCACAGCUCAGAAUUAUGCCCAACUUGCACAAGUUACACUCUCACAGAUCAUUGUGUUCAAUCGAAGACGUUCUGGAGAGGUUUCAAAGAUGCGCCUCAAAAGUUUUCUUGAAAGAGACAAAACGGCACUCCACACAGAUGUUACCAUGGGGCUCUCAGAAAUGGAACAGAGACUCUGUAACUAUUUCUGUAGAAUAGAAAUAAUGGGAAAAAGGGACAGAAAUGUUCCAGUUCUGCUAACACCAAGCAUGCUGGAUGCUCUGUCACUACUGGUUAGUAGGAGGCCUGACUGUGGCAUUUGUGCCACUAAUAUCUAUCUCUUUGCAAGACCCCGAUCAAUGAGUCAUUACAGAGGAAUGGACUCCUUGCGUGUUCAUGCAUACCAGUGUGGAGCAAAGCACCCUGAGUAUCUAAGAUCGACACAGCUCAGAAAACAUGUUGCCACACUCUCACAAGUCCUUAAUUUGAAAAACAAUGAACUUGAUCAGGUUGCAGAUUUCCUGGGUCAUGAUAUUCGCGUUCACUGCGAAUUCUACAGAUUACCAGUUCCCACAACACAGCUGGCCAAGAUUUCCAAACUGCUUUUAACACUGGAAAAAGGACAUCUUUCCCAGAUCCAGGGGAACUCACUGGAUGAGAUCGAAAUUAAAGAUGAAAUUGCAUUAAGUGAUGCUGAAACAAAGGACAGUGAGAGUGAAUCAGAUGAUGAUGACACAGCACUCACAAUGUCAGCGUGUGGCACCAGUGAGCCUGUACAUGCAGUAGCUGAUUCCACAAACACAGCGCAGCUCCAAGACACUGUAGAUUGUGCAGAUGAAGAACCACUCAUAAUGCCUGCAGCAAGUGAGACUGCUGCUCCCUCUGAAGAUAAAAAUGCUGCUCAAUCCCACAAUUCCCGAAGAGCUCCCAAAAACAUGUGGUCCAAGGAUGAGGUUGCUGCAGUGAUGAGGCAUUUUAAAGACCACAUAAACGAAGGGAAACUGGCCACCAAAAAUGAAUGCAGUCAUUGCAAAUUGGUAGAAGAUCCGGUGUUGGCAGGAAGAACAGUUCAAAACAUAAGAGAUUUUGUAAGAAACAGAGGAUUAACUGCAAAAAGGCAGAAAAAAAUGAACUAAAAUAACUGUUUAGCCAGAUGUGGUUUUACAUCUUGGUCAGAUUGCCGAACUGUUGUUAAAACUGACUUAUUGUGCAGCAGGCUGCCUCACUGAUGUUCUGUUUAAAGAAAAAGUUCUUGUUAAUUACAGAAGUAGUUUGUAUUUCAUAACUUUUAAAUUUAAUUUAUUUAGUUUUUUUUGAC